AAUAAUAGUGCACUGUUUAUUUUUGUUUAGUUUAUAAAACGUAGAAUACUGGUUACUUUUAGCCUCUGCGCGUGAAAGUGGCGUGAACGACGAGGAAGCGUUGAAAGUUGAUUCUGCUGAUACAUUUAUCUCCACUCUGACUACCGUUCUGGAAGACGUUGUAGGCGAAGGAGCCCGGUUCUGCUACUUGGUUUUGGACCAUGUAGAAAGGCUAAGGUUUUCGUUGUACGAAAAUCUUGCUGUAUUGCUCAAUAUUUCAAAGUUUACAAACGUUAAUACGUCCCUGAUCUCUAUAAGUCAGCUGCCCUGGUCGAAGAUAUGCUGUCGAACUGGUCUGGUUUCUGACUGUCUGCAGAUAUGUUUGCCUGCUUAUGAUAAAGAUGAACUGCUCGCCAUUCUGGUGUCCUCUUGUCCUGAAGGCGUUGGAUUGGAGGCGUACAGAAUUUAUGCGAAGAUAAUCGUUGACGUUUUCUACCAGUACACGCGGAACGUGAAGGACUUGCAUUUCAUAGCGAUAAGGCUUCAUAACCGAGUGGCAAAUGUACCUCAGCUCGAACAAAGCAAAAAAGAGCAGUGUGCGGCGGCCAUGUGGCGAAAUCUCAAGCCUCUUCUCGAUGACAUCCCGAGUCAACUCUAUUUUCGCAUCUGUGCUCAAAAUUGCCUUGACCGAAAGUUGGUUUCUUCACUGUUUAAUAUGGAAUUGCCUUUCUUCACGAAGUAUCUCUUGACUGCCGCCUACAUCGCGUCCUACAACCCGGUUUCUUCGGAUAAACGCUUUUUUCUGAAAAUUGCGACUCUGUGCCGUUUGAGGUUGGUGAACCAGGUGUCGUCGACUACUGUUCUCAGCGUUGCUAAGUACAGAUGUAUGGCUCCUUUCGAAGUAGUUCGACAGGUUGCCAGCACUGUCAAAAUCGAUUUGGUCCAGUACUUAUAUGACUACGUACUGAAAUAG